AUGUGGAAAGCGGCUGGAGAAAUUAAAGUUAAUACUCCUCAAAAUGACGAUGAAGACUGGGAAACUGAUCCAGAUUUUAUUAACAAUGUUACAGAGCAAGAACAACGAUGGGGAUCCAAAACAAUUGUUGGCUCUGGAAGAACUGUGGGAGCUAUUGAUAUGAACAAACUUAGAGAAGAAACUACUAAAGCAUAUGAACUUCAAAAACUUAAACAAAAAGAAAAUACUCCAAAUGGAGCUUAUGGUUAUGGGGGUAAAUUUGGUAUUGAAAAAGAUAGAAUGGAUAAAUCUGCUGUCGGUCAUGAUUAUAUUGCCAAAAUAGAAAAACACAUGUCGCAGACGGAUUACAGCACAGGUUUUGGGGGUAAAUAUGGUGUACAAACUGAUAGAGUAGAUAAGAGUGCUUUAAGUUGGGAUCAUAAGGAAAAUGUAGAAAAACAUGCUUCUCAAAAAGAUUAUAGUUCUGGUUUUGGAGGUAAAUUUGGUGUAGAAAAAGACAGACAAGAUAAGUCUGCAGUGGGAUGGGAUCAUUUAGAAAAACUUCAUAAACAUGAUUCUCAAACUGUGGGUAAAAUUAAUGAUGUUAUUGUAGAACAAUCUCAAAAACCUUCACAGCUGAAACAAAAAUUUGAAAAUUUGGCUAGACAAAAUGAAGUAAAAACCUUUGAGAAAAAAAAAAAUAUACCCUUGCAGGUAGUUUUGCCUGAAAACCAUAAUAAUGAGCAAUCAUAUAAUAAUGUUAAAAAAACAGAAUUACAAAGUCCUGUAAAAGAGGAAGUACAGGAUGUAAAAGAAAAAAUACAGUCAGAGUCAGAGUUCCUUCCGAAUAAGUCGGAUGAAAUAAAAAUAGAAAAUAAUUUAGAAAAAGCAUCUGAUGUACUAUCUACUGAAUUAGAUCAAAUGAAUAUAAAUUCAGAUGAAACUGAAAAAACAAAUGGUAACAAAUCAACAACUGAAUUAUUAGAUAAUGGAGAUUUUAACAAUUCUGAAAAUGAAAUGAAUGUCAAUAAUACAUUUAAUGACAAUCUAUAUGAAUCUGUUGAAGAAUGUUAUACUGCUGUUGCAUUAUACGACUACCAAGCUGCCGCAGACGACGAAAUUUCAUUUGAUCCGGAUGAUAUUAUAAUAAAUAUUGAAAAAAUAGAUGAGGGGUGGUGGAGGGGAACCUGCCACGGUCAAACCGGAUUAUUUCCUGCUAAUUAUGUUCAACUGAGAGAAUAA